AUGGCGACGUCGAUCGUGAGCCUCGUGGACAUCCUCCACGCCGCGGUCUCGCGCGGGGACGCCGACAGGGUCCGGUCGCUCCUCGAGAACGGUGCGCCCGUGAACGCGCGAUUGCGACACCGCACGACGUGCCUGCACUGGGCCGCGUCGGAGGACGCGCACGAGAUCGUGGAGACGCUCUGCCGCGCCGGCGCGGACGUGAACGCGACCGCGGUGGACGGGUGCACGCCGCUGCAUUACGCCGCG